ACAACACGCUCACCGGGGUCGGCAGCACAAAGCAGAGUCGCUCCCUUACCAGUCUGCACACUCACACACUCUCACUUACACACACACACACACACACACACACACACACACACACGCUCGCUCAGACUCGACACACGCCUCCUCAGCAACACCGGGGAGCUGAAGCAAAACUGACGAGAAUAAGGAAGGAAGGAAGGAGGAGAGAAAAUAAAGACACAUUGUGGGAAAACAUCCAUCAGGUUGUCCAAUUGAAGAGCUUCCUCCUGAGGCCCCCUGCUGACUGAUAACAAGCCCGACUCAUUCACAGCUUCAUGAGUGUGUGCACAUAACCUUCACUCCACCUCUGUGUGUGUGUGUGUGUGUGUGUGUGUGUGUGUGUGUGUGUGUGUGUGGCACCAUGCUGUGGACAGUGAUACUAGCGCUGCUGGUGCUUGUGCUGCUGCAGACUCAGCUGUCUGUGUGCUUAAGGGAAUUACGCAGCAGGGGUUCCAGCUCCCCUGCCUCCUCCUCUUCGUCAUCCUCUUCCUCCUCUUACAAUGCCACCCAGCUGCGGCUGCCCGGAGCGAUUAUUAUUGGCGUGCGGAAAGGCGGCACCAGAGCCCUGCUGGAGAUGCUCAACCUGCACCCAGACGUGGAAGUGGCGAAGGCCGAGGUGCACUACUUCAACGUGGAGGAGCACUACCGCCGAGGCCUGGCCUGGUACCGAUCCCAGAUGCCCCUCACCCUCCCUGGUCAGCUGACGGUGGAGAAGACCCCCGGUUACUUUGCGUCCCUUCAGGUCCCCGCACGCGUCUGGGAGAUGAACCCCGCCGUCCGCUUGCUGCUCAUCGUCCGGGACCCGGCAGAGAGGGUGGUCUCCGACUACACCCAGGUCCUCCACAACCGCCUGACCCGCCACAAGCCUUACCAGCCGCUAGAGGAGCUCCUGAUCCACAAGGGCCACAUUGACCCUGGUUACAAGGCGCUGCAGCGGAGCCUGUAUUACCAGCAUCUGGCCCGCUGGCUGGAGGUCUUCCCCAGGGGGCAGAUCCACGUGGUGGACGGCGACGCGCUCAUUCGGGAUCCCUUCCCCGAGCUGAGGAAGGCUGAGAGGUUUCUGGACCUCCAGCCCAGGAUAAGCCCCGACAACUUCUACUACAACACCACCAAGGGCUUCUACUGCCUCCUGUCUGCCGGGCACGACAAGUGCCUGGACGAGUCUAAAGGAAGGCCGCAUGCGCCGCUCAGCACCCAGGCCUUUAAGAAGCUCUGUCGCUACUUCAGGAAGCCCAACAAGUUGUUCUUUGAAAUGGUGGGGAGGUCGUUUUCCUGGUGCUGAUCCAGCGGUGAAAAGCAACUGUGGAGACAAAACACCCCAAAUAAUGCCAACACAUUCAGGGACACAGAGGUAGAGAGAGAACUGUGGUUUGUGUGUUUUUCUAGGUAGAUGAGUGGACAGAUUUUUGUCAUAAACAUCUCUUGUUGUUGAUACCUACUCAGGUAUAAAUGUGGCCAACUGAAGCAGCACAUACAAUAUGUGUGUGUGUGUGAGUGUGUGUGUGUGUGUGUGUGUGUGUGUGUGUGUGUGUGUGUGUGUGAAGACGCGUGGAGAAUGUUGAACAGGUGGCCAACACAAACCUUUACCCCGACCAUUCUGGUGCCUCCUUGGAUGUAUAGACUCACGCGACGAGGCUACGACUAACCGUGCCAAACGCAAGUUCGAGAGCGAAAACCACAACCGACUGCUUGUGAGCGCUCAUUUUGUGGGGUGUUAAAAGAAGAUGUGCAGACUUUGAAGUGAUGUAUAGAAAUAGUGGUGAAAAGAUGGUUGAAUUCAUUAAUUGUUGCACUAUGAACUCUUAUUGCGUAAAAAAGAAAAGCAAAUCGAGGUUCAGUGUGGAUUUUUAAACAGAAACCAACUCCCCUAUUUGAUUUUUCUCAACAGUUGUAACAUGUUUGUGUGCUCGUAGAAAUGUUUUAGUUCAGUCAUUCUGUUAACUUCUUUCUUUUGUUGUUUUACAAGAUUGACUUUUACAGAAACUUUAAGUGAAAAUACUUUCUUUUUUUACUUCUUUUAAAAAAUAGCCACCUUGAAAGCUUGUUUUUUGGUUUCUUUUUACUUUCAAGGCCAAUGUAGUACUAUUGCUGGUUUGUGUUUUUUUAUAUAAAGAUGUCCUAAUAAAUGUAUUCAGUCCAA